UUCGCAUCCGUCGCAUUUUCAGUUCCUUCCUCAUUCUUUUGAUCUUUUCCCCAAUUCUUUGCUCUCUUUACUUCGCCGUUGAGCUGAGAAGAUUGAAAAGAGAAGAGAGAAAGUUAAAGAAAGAACAAAAAAUAGGGGAAAGGACUAAAAAUGGCGGAUGCGAAUACCUACAUUAUAGUGCUCUACUGCUAGUACUACCACCACCACACGUGUGCGAUCACAGCUCCGUACUCCGUGCCAGCUGUGUUGCUGUAUAUCGCCCUAUCUUCAAGACCCGGUCGCGAGUACGCUCGUGGUGAUUUCGCACGAGAAUUUUUUUUUCUGCGCCUGCAUGACUUUUCAUCGGUGGCACGCGAGUAUCACGCCGUUCCUCAUCCGAAGAACAACGCACGCACCACCACCGGCCGAUCCAAUCGCCAAGACAGCCUGUCGGGAGUGCCGGGGAAAAGCAAGAGAGAGGAGUCGGGGAGAAAGCUGAACGGAGCAGUCGACCGCAGCAGCGAUCCAAGAUGCAGGAAUCGCAGUCGAAAAAGGGCAAGAAAGGUAGGAGAAAGCGUAAUGACAGUGAUGAAGAAAUCGAACAAACGUUGGCGGAGUUGGCACUGGAAUAUUCUGGAAAACCAGCAACAGAUAACAAAGUUGAAAUUAAAACAGAGCCAUCAAAUGAGCAAAAGCUUGACGAUGAAGAUAAAAAGAAAAAAGGAAAAAAGGACAAAAAGAAAGAAAAGGCUGAAAAAAAUGAUAUCAAAGAAGAAACUACAGACAAUAAUAUAGUAGAAUCGGAACUUAAUAAUACUGAUAUGGAUACUGAAAUUAGCACUGUAAAAACAGCAGCACAAAAGAAGAAAGAAAAAAAGGAGAGGGAGAAACAAAAAAAGUUAGCUCAGAAAAAAACGGAAAUUACUAAGGAAGGUAACAAGAAAGAAGAUGAUGAAACUGCAACUUCUGAAGAAAAGAAAAAUGAUAAAGUUACAUCAACAAAGAAACAAGAUAGUGUAGAAGCUGAUGGUGAUGCAGAGCCUGAAGAUGGUUCAAAGAAAAAAAAAAAGAAAGGUGGUAAAGAAGAAACUAAAGAGAAAGGUAAAGGUCCUGGAAAGAAAACUAUUGCUGCCAUGCAGGAAGCUUUAAAGAAAAUGAAAGAAGAAGAAGAAAGAUUGAAGCGAGAAGAGGAAGAAAGAUUACGACAAGAAGAAUUACGAGAACAAGCCAGAUUGGAACAGUUGCGUUUGGAACAAGAACGUAAAGAGAAGAAAAAAUUAAAAGAAAAACAACGAAAAGAAAGAUUAAAGGCCGAAGGGAAAUUUUUAACAACGAAACAGAAACAAGAUAGAGCUAGAGCGCAAGCAAUGAUUGAAGCGUUAAAAGCUCAAGGUGUUGAAUUGCCUGAAGUAGGAGAGAAAAAACCUAGACCAGGAACACGAAUUAGACCAAAUAAAUUAAAGCAACAAACUAGUGUAGAAAAGAAAGAAGAAGAAAAAAUUGAUAAUGAAGCAUCUGCAGCUCAGGUACAAGUGGAAAUUGUAGAUGAACCAGUGAAAGAAGAACAAGAAAAAAAAGAAGAAGACGAUGUCAAGGAUUCGUGGGAUGCCGACACCACUGAUGAUGAACAGGAAGAAGAAGAUAAAUCCGAUGAUAUUCUAAAGACACUUGAAAAAGAGAAACCUGUUCAAAAAGAAUUAGAAAAAAAAGAAUCAUCCGAGAGCGAUAUAGAGAGCGAAAGCAGAAGUGAAUCCGAGUCUGAGGAUGAAAGUGAGGAAGACAGUGAAGUAGAAGAUAAAAUGCCAGAUUCUGCACGUAAAAAGGAACGUGCAAGGGAGCGAAUUCAAAAUCGCCGUAUAGAAGCGGAAAAAAAGAAAUCUUUGGAUAAUCUGAGAGCUGCUGUUGUUUGUGUUUUGGGACACGUCGAUACUGGCAAAACGAAGAUUUUGGACAAAUUGAGAAGAACCAAUGUGCAAGAUGGGGAAGCUGGUGGUAUAACUCAACAAAUUGGUGCUACUAAUGUACCAAUUGAAGCUAUCCAAGAAUCAACGAAACAUGUAAAAGGCUUUGCUGACAAGAAAUUUAAGAUUCCUGGUCUCUUAAUCAUAGAUACACCUGGUCACGAAUCGUUUAGUAAUCUCAGGAAUAGAGGGUCUUCUCUUUGUGAUAUAGCAAUUUUAGUUGUAGAUAUUAUGCAUGGAUUGGAACCACAAACUAUAGAGAGUAUCAAUUUAUUAAAAGCAAAAAAAUGUCCUUUUGUUGUCGCUCUCAAUAAAAUCGAUAGAUUGUACGAUUGGCAGACCAUGAAUCGUAAGGAUGUUCAAGAUAUAGUAAAGAAUCAAGAAUCUAAUACUCAACGAGAAUUCGAAAGGCGGUCGAAAGAUAUUAUUGUACAAUUUGCAGAGCAAGGUUUAAAUGCAGCAGUGUAUUACGAGAAUCCAGAUCCAAGAGAAUACUUAUCGUUAGUUCCUACCAGUGCUAUAACAGGCGAAGGUAUGGGUAAUCUGUUGGCGUUAAUAGUUGAUGCCUGUCAGGGUCCUUUGGCUAAAAGAUUGAUGUAUAGCGAAGAGCUUCAGGCUACCGUAUUGGAAGUCAAGGCAUUGCCCGGACUUGGUACUACGAUAGACUGUAUUCUAGUCAAUGGGAUGUUAAGAGAAGGUGAUACAGUUAUUAUCGCGGGUACUGAUGGCCCUAUUGUAACACAAAUUCGUUCGCUUCUUAUGCCACAACCGUUAAAGGAAUUACGAGUUAAGAAUGCAUACAUCGAACAUCGUGAAGUUAAGGCUGCUCAAGGAAUAAAAAUUGCUGCUAAAGAUUUGGAAAAGGCCAUUGCUGGGUUAAAUCUGCAAGUCGCACAGAAACCAGAUGAAGUAGAUGUUAUGAAGGAAGAAAUAGCAAAGGAAUUGUCUAGUGCUCUGGGAAAUAUACGGCUAGCUGAACGAGGAGUUUACGUCCAGGCAUCAACUUUAGGAGCUCUCGAAGCAUUGUUGGACUUCUUAAAAAGCAGCAAAAUACCGUACUCCGGAAUUCGUAUCGGACCAGUCGUCAAGAAAGACGUCAUGAAAGCUUCUAUCAUGUUGGAGCACGAUAGCCAGUACGCUACAAUUCUUGCUUUUGAUGUGAAAAUUGAGAGGGACGCACAGGAGCUAGCGGAUUCACUGGGCGUCAAGAUCUUCCAAGCUGAUAUUAUUUAUCAUUUGUUCGACAAAUUUACCAAUUAUAGAGAGGAACUGAAGCAGCGUAAACGGGACGAGAACAAGCACAUAGCCGUGUUUCCGUGCAAGUUGAAGAUCUUACCGCAGUACGUAUUCAACUCGAGGGAUCCGAUCGUGAUCGGCGUGAUGGUCGAGGCUGGAAUUGUCAAGGAAGGAACGCCGCUCUGCGUCCCGAGCAAGGACUUUGUCGACUUGGGCAUGGUAACUAGUAUAGAAUAUAAUCAUAAAUCCGUGGAAUCGGCUAGGAAAGGUCAAGAAGUCUGCAUCAAAAUCGAGCCUGUACCUGGAGAAGCACCCAAGAUGUUCGGUCGUCAUUUUGAGGCGAAAGACUUUCUUGUCAGCAAGAUAAGCAGACAGAGUAUAGACGCCUGUAAGGAUUACUUCAGGGAUGACCUACUGAAGACCGAUUGGCAACUCAUGGUAGAACUGAAGAAGCUCUUCCAGAUACUCUAGGAUAUGAUGAGGAUUGCGACGGCGACAUUGUCCAAGGGCCUUUUACUUUUCCGGCGGCUGCUCGGCGAGAAGAUCGGGCUCGAACCCAAACGAAUGUCUCCUCGAUCGUCCUCGAGUCUUCCCGAACAGUAUCGCCGCAAGAU